CUUGCCGAAUGCCGAAUCGGUACGACCGACCGAACCAGGACGGCCAAGCGUAGUGCGAACGAGUGAAAGGGUCAUUUGUUUCUGUUUAUUUUUGUUUUUGCAAACUUGUUAAAAACCACUCGCUAAACUUUAAAGUGUAAAUAAAUGUUUAUAUAAGUGAAUAAAACUAGUGCAAAAUUAAUGUUAAGAGUGAUAUCAACCCAGUUCAGGUUCGACGCUAACGCCAAUGCUCGAGUAAACAGUAGUACUACACUACACCGUUCGUAGAUACUACAAUAAUAUUUAUAAUGGACGUUGAAAGGAAGAUACAUUUAGGGGAAGGUGUUCCAUUAAACUCGUCAGGUGCAAAUAUAUUUUUGAACACCGGUAAAAGCAAAGAUGCAAAACUAGGCUCUCGAGAUUGCCCAGUUAUACAUCUAAAAACAGAGAAACCAUCAGACCUUGGUGUACAUAUAAAUACAACAUUCUCGAUAGCGUCUUCCAAGAAAAUAAAGCUUUUGUUCAUUUUAAAUUUUAUGCUAAGUGUCAUAUGUAUGGUUCUUAGUUGUUCCAUUGCUUUCUAUUAUUGGAAUGAAAUGAUUUUAAUGAGGAGGCAACUGGAUAUGAUAAAAGACCAUUUCAUGUUUCAAAACAUAGGACAUGAGACACUUGUGCAGAGUGCUCUGGUUGCCCCAAAACCACAGUCCUCAGACAGAGAACCCAGAAUGAACAAUGAGAAUGCCAAGAAAUACUUUGUGGAGGACCUUGGUGAGGACAUGCUACUUGUAGAUUCAAGAAAGAAAAACAUGACUCAAGAUAUUCUUGAUAACAAUUUCUCAGUCCUACAAAAAGAUUUACUGGUUGUCCAUUUCAACGGAGCAUACCAGGAGAAAAAUAUGAGUACGCAAUCAUUAAUGGGUCCGUGGGUUCGAGACACCGAAGUCUCUUCUAAACAGAGCGACGAGAAAAUCAAACUGAACAGCGACUUCAACUACGUAACGAUUAAUGAGAGCGGACUUUAUUUAGUUUAUACACAAGUGGUGUACUUAACUAAAGAGUCGAACUGUUACUUCGUUUGGGCCCACCAACCGGACAAGGAGCCCCGGCUGCUGUCCACGUGCGCCACGGGCGACGACUCCAGCCGGCGGCCGAUAGCCAAGUCCCAGAUGUCGUGCUCGGUGCAGACCGUCGCGAGACUGUACAAGGGCGACACCGUCAAUAUCGCUCAACGUGAACCCAACAGGAGGGUGUGGCUCCGACCCGGCUACUCAUACUUCGGCUUCGUGAAACUUAGUUCCUAAACGGCUGUGAAUGUAGCCUUAAGUAAGCUAUAAACCCCGCAUUUUGUUGAUCGUUCAAAUUUCUAAACGGUUUUCUGGUGUGGAACGUGCCUUAUUUGCUUAUAUGCAAUAAUCGAGUCAAAAAAUUUACAGUUUUAGAGCUGUUGUGUGCUAUUCACAAAAUGUGGGGUCGCGUGGUGGCGAACUCGUCGCCGCAAGCGAUGGUGCUAAUACGAUUUCGUGUAUCCGAUUAGAAUAGAUUUACGUGCCAUAAUUGUUGUACCUACAUGAGGGAAUAUGUACCAUUUACAUCACACCGCACCGAAUUGAAAAUAAACAAAGUCAUUGUGAAAAUGUAAACAAACAGGCUUUAUAGAAAAGACAAAAGGACUUUGAAAAUUUAGCAAAGUUAGAAAUUCGAAGAUAUAAUUGUCUGCACAACGUGUUUUGCUAAUUAUUAUUUAAAGAGUCAAUUAAUACCAAUAACCAACUAAUUAAUUUGGACAAGAACUCUGGCAUAACACCGCUUUGAAACUAACCGAAUCAAGAAACAUACGAUGCUAAUAGUUUACCAAUUAGAAUACAGUGCUGGGUCACGUAAUACAAAACUGGUGCAGAUAUUUAUAUUUUUACAUUUUAUAAUUAAGACAAUGAUCUCGAAAAUUCGAUAGGAUGAUGUGGACCAAAAUUUCGUCAUUAACCUAUACAUUACGUUAAGUAGAUGUUACUGUGUUCAAAAUACUAUAUAUAAAUUUAGUAUUUUGUUAAUUUUGUAAUUAAUACGGCUCGAGAGCACAUUACAGAUAAAUGUGUAGAUUAAAUUACAAAUAAUUAUCGGUGGGCAGCCAAACUCACUCGCCGGAUCUUCUCAGUGGGUCGCGAUUCCGAUCCGGUGGUAGAUUCAGCAAUGGACUUGCUAGGGUUAGUGUUAGCAAACCUCUCAGGUAGAGUCAGCUAACUCACCUAUCGGUCCGCGUGAGGUUGGAAUAGGCCCUUAGGCUACCAACGAUUAGAUAGGAAGAAGAAAAAAAAAGGUUUGCGUUUUUCCGAAUUGUUGGAUAAAAAAUUAGUGAUUUGCUUUUUCGUAACGAUAUUGAGAAUUUAAAUCAAAAAACGACACCGAUUGAAACAUUUAACUCAAGUACUUUACAGGGAUGAAAGCGUUUCGAUAUAUCUAUAUGUAAUAGACGUUUUCUAAAUUGUCUUUCAUGCAAUGUUUAUUGUUAACCUUCUAUUCGUUUACCCGAGAAACGAUUAAUCCUUCGAAAUAGUGAAGACAGUAAAAUUAUUCAUAACAACAACUAAUUUAGGUACAAAAAUAAUAUGACAUUAUUAUAAAAUGUAACUCAAAGAAAUAACGUAACCGUAUCCCAAAAACUUUAAUGCAAAAAUUCGGUUAUUAUUAUUUCAAUAUUAGUGGAAUUAUAGUAUUCUCUUCGGUACGCGAGUCGUAGUCAUAAUUAAAAACUAUUUUUAUGAUUUAAUUUCGUGGUUAUAAUGUCCGACUUUGUAAUAUUAUUUACGACUUUUGGAAUACUUUACAGUUUUUGUGGUCACAGACGACUUUUCAUUACUAUUAGUGUAAUUAACAAAAUAAGUUACAAUAUUCUCCCAUACGAGUCGAGGGCAAUCUGAAUUUUCAUUUUUCCUGAAAAAAAAAAAAUAUUAUAUGGUGGUUUCGUGAAGUAUUUCCAUUGCCACAUUGACAUGUGCAACUUAUCCUAAUAAGAAAUCAGACUAGAGAUAAUAUGCUAGACUCGAAAAACAAAAAAAAACAAAUCUUUCUGUUUUGCUCAAACGACAUUGUAAUUUUAAUUGUAACUUUGUUAAUAAUACAAUUGAUAAUUAUGUGUAUUGUACACUUGUGUUCAUGUCAACAUAAAUAUUUUAGCUCAAUUCUUAAGUCUCAAUACAUUUUUUGCAAUAUUAUAAAAUGUAUAAGUACUCAUUCAAGAAAGAUGAGCGCGUUCACUGCGAAGAAUAGCCUGUCUUCAAUGG